UAAUCUUCUCAUUCACUGUGUAAUCUUUUAAUUGUCCUGGUCAAUUCCAGGUCAAUUUACUGUUUCCCUUUGGUCUGUUUUAAGCACUAAUUUUGCUUCUUCAAAGGUUAUAUCGUCUGCUUGCCUUCAUAAUCAUUUCAACCUGUUCUCAACUCAAUCUGUUUUAUUUCACUGUUAACAUUUAUUCACUUGUUGAUUGUGAGUUUGCCUCUGUGUAUGCGUACCUUGACAAAUUUUUAUCCUAAUGUCUUCACUUUUCGUGAUUUAUUUGUAUCCAUCAUCGUUCACAACAUCAACAAAUUUCAUCCUUUACCUUUUCAAUCAUCUGUGAAUUUGUGAUUGAUCCUUUUCUCCCUCUUUUUACCCUUUUUUUGUUUACAAAUUUUCUCUUUUUUCCCCAAUUAUUCAAAAUGUUGUUUAAGUUAAUAUCUUUAUCUUAUUCUCUGCACAACUCAAUUACGAUUAAACUCUGUAUACCCUGUUUAUUAUGUUUAUUCAGUUUAGUUUGUAACAUUUAUUCUAUGCGAAUAUCACACAUCUCCAGUCAACAUCAAAGUCUCGGAAAAUUGUCCCAAGUUAUUCGUACCAAUCAAUAUCGACCUUCUUGGUCUCUUUCAACCUCACCAUCACCUUUUUUAAACAUGUCAUCCUCAUCAUCCUCAUCUAAAUUAACUCCUCUUGGUUCAUCAUCAUAUUCAUCAUUCUCAUUUAAACCAUCAACAUCUUCAGUGUUUUCCUCUUUCCUGUCAUCUUCAUCAUCAACCUCCAAUGAUCACCAAAGUGAUACCGAUAAUCUUUUCUUUAUUAAAAAUACUCCAAAUUUUUCUUCACCUCCACCUCCAUUGAAAGAUUCAACCAUUCAUACCAGUAAUCAUCGUCAUCACAAUCACCAUCAUUCAUCUCAAUCAUCAACACACCAACGAGGUCAACAAUUUUUGCAUGAAUCUCCACCUUUGAAAAGGUUUAUGUUGAAAAACAGAAAUGUUACCUGCAAUGAUGGAACCAAAGCUGGUUACUAUUACCGUUCGUCUAUUGGCUAUUCUAGACGUUGGAUCGUCUUUCUUGAAGGUGGUUGGUAUUGCUUCUCACCUUCAACCUGCCAUCAACGUUGGCUUGGAAUGAGAAAUUUAAUGACAUCUGCUCAUUGGCCACAAUCACGAUCGGUUGGAGGCAUUUUAUCACCCAAUCCUCAAGAAAACCCAUAUUUUUGGAAUGCUAAUCAUGUAUUUAUUCCAUAUUGCUCAUCCGACUCUUGGUCCGGUGAUUCACCUGCAGCCACAUCGGCCGACCUUUCCUUCCUCGGAUCACGUAUUAUUACUGAGGUAAUAAAUGAGCUAUUACUUUCCAAAGGUUUAUCAGAUGGAAAAUCCCUUCUUUUGGCGGGAAGUUCUGCCGGUGCUGGAGGUGUUCUUGUUAAUCUUGAUCGUGUUGCUGAUUUUAUCUCCUCAACAGGAUCUAAAAUUGAGGUGCGGGGUCUAAUGGACUCUGGUUGGUUUCUUGAUAAUCAACCUUUUGACUAUUCUGGUUCCUAUUCUAACAGUAAUGAUAAUAUCGAGGAUAACUUUGAUGAAGAGAAAGAUGAUUCUUUCAAUGAAGACAAAUUUGAUCAAAAAUCCUUCACAUCUUAUGGCUCAUUAUCACCUCCAUCUUCACCUACCUCUCUCAGUUCAUCAUCUUCAUCUCCAUCUUCCCCAUCAACUUGUACCAGUGCAAUAAAUUGUUCACCUAUUGAUUCAAUUAAACAAGGUAUGAAAUUAUGGAAUGGUAAAGUUCCUGAAAGUUGUCGAUUGAAAUAUCCAAAGGAACCCUGGCGAUGUUAUUUCGGUUAUCGAUUGUAUCCUACCUUAAAGACACCUCUCUUCGUCUUCCAAUGGAUCUUCGAUGAAGCUCAAAUGAUUGCAGAUAAUGUCGGUGCACCAGUGACCAAGGCUCAAUGGAACUACAUUUACCAAAUGGGACAAGAAUUGAGGAACACAUUGUCCAAUGUAUCUGCAUAUUUUGCGCCUUCAUGUAUAUCUCACAUUGUUUUAACCAAACCAAACUGGAAUAGCAUUAAAAUUAAUGGAACCAGUCUUCCUCAAGCUAUACGUUGUUGGGAAUUACAUUCCGCAUCCAAUGGAUCACCUUAUCGACGUGAUGUUAUCAGUCGAUCUCAUACUAACCAAUACUCAUCUCGGUCUUUAGUGUCAACAUCAUUUGUUGCUGAUGAAUCUCGUCCCAAUAAUGGGCCUAUUAACAAAACACCAUUUUCACCUGCUCAAGCAUCUCUUCCAAUAUCAUCUGUAAAUAUUCAUAGUAAACAACAUUAUACUCAAGAACAACAAUCUCAAAAUGUAAAACGAUCAUCAUCGGUAAUUGUACCUCAGCUUUUAACCAAAACGCCAUAUCAAAGUUUAACCAAUUUUCCUGAUAACAGUAAUAAUAUUAACAAGACUGUUGAAAACUAUAAUUACGAUUCGUAUGGAAACCGAGUAAUCAAGAAAAAGUCUAAACGUCGCCACAAGAAGCACAAGAAACGUCAACAGUUAGAAAUGGUUCGAAGUAAACGACUUGCUGCUAGACAAGAGCUUAUCCGUCUCGGUUAUCAACGCCCUCAGCGGUUGGGUAAAAACACUAAUUGUCGAUACAACCUUAUGGAUGUCUGUUCUUGGCCUCAAUGUAACUCGGGCUGUCCAAAGCUUCACAAUCCAUUUACAGGUGAAGAAGUCAAUUUCUUGGAACUUCUCAAGUCUUAUGGUUUCAAUUUAAUGGCAGUUGCUCAAGCCUUAGGAAUGGAAACUAAAACUUUGAAUGAAAUGGAGGAUGGCGCUUUAUUUCAAUUAUUUCAUAAAAAGGUGUCUUAAAUUUUUCCAGUCCAUAUUAGAAUUGAUUGUCCACUAAUUAUUGUUGAUUUCUAUGAUUUAUUGAUCAUUAUCCUAACUCGAGUGACUCUCGAAAAAAUUGCUGCAUAAAUAAUAAAGCAAGUUACAAACUCUGAAAUUAAAAUUCAGUAAUAAUUAUUUUAAUUUUGUAACCAAUCUCAACUGUAAAUAUUGUAGAUGAAAUAAAUGAAAGACAAAUUUAUUAACUAA